AUGGCGUGCGGAGCUACUUUGAAGCGUUCAAUGGAGUUUGAGGCCCUUCACAGCCCUCAAUCUCCAAAACGGCGGAAGUGCAACCCUCUGCCAGGGACUCCGGUCGCCCUUUCUCCAAAGCGAUGCAACCAGCAGUCUGCUACAGGUGACAGUUCGAUGUCGCCCCAAUCAACUUGUGGAGGAGAACACAGGCUCACCCCAGGUUAGUCGGUUGUCUGAAUUGAGCUGGAUGGCCAUUUGUAGACAGCGUCAAUAGUUGAAAGUAGUUAGUGGAAGAGGCCGGGGAUCAUACCGUAUCAUUCAGCUGUCUAUCUAUGUAAUUUAUCAAUCUAAUAAUAAUUCGCCUGAUUUACAGGCUGUAGCGAGUAGGCAUAGGGCUCCCGAGUGGCGCAGCGGUCUAAGGCACUGCAUCUCAGUGCUUGAGGCGUCACUACAGACCCCCUGGUUCGAUUCCAGGCUGUAUCACAACCGGCCGUGAUUGGGAGUCCCAUAGGGCGGCGCACAAUUGGCCCAGCGUCGUCCGGGUUUGGCCGGUGUAGGCCGUCAUUGUAAAUAAGAAUUUGUUCUUAACUGACUUGCCUAGUUGAAUAAAGGGAAAAAUAAAUAAAUAAAUACAUUGAAGCAAGACAAGAGCAUUAUGAUGUUCUAGGCAUACAAAUAUAAUAUGUAGUUAGCUAACGUUACCCACUAGUCUCAACUCACCAGUUGGCCAGAAUGAACCCAACCAUCAUUGUAACAUGUUUAUCCUAGUUUACUAUCUAUGUCGUUUCUAGUUGAUGAUAACACCUGGCUUGGAAGCAGUGGUGGAAAAAGUACCCAAUUGUCAUACUUUAGUAAAAGUAAAGACAUCUUAAUAGAACUAUAAUAACCUUAAUAGAAAAUGAAAAAGGAAGUAAAAGUGAGUCACCUAGUAAAAUUCUACUUGAGUAAAUGUCUAAAAAUAUUUUGAUUUAAAUAUACUUAAGUAUCAAAAGUAAAUGGAAUUGCUAAAAUAAAUAAAAGUAACUAAAUGUAAAUAAUUUCAUAUUCCUUAAAUUAAGCAAACCAGAUGGCACCAUUUUCUUGUUUUUUUAUUUAUUUAUGGAUAGCCAGGGGCACACUCCAACACUCAGACUUAAUUUACAAACCAUGUGUGUUUAGUGAGUCUGCCAGAUCAGAGGCAAUAGGGAUGACCAGGGAUGUUCUCUUGAUAGGUGCAUGACUUGGACAAUUUUCCUGUCCUGCAUUCAAAAUGUAAUGAGUACUUUUGGUUGUUGGGGAAAAUUUAUGGAGUAUGAAGUACAUUAUUUUCUUUAGGAAUGUAGUGAAGUAAAAGUUGUCAAAAAUAUAAAUAGUGAAGUACAGAUACCCCAAAACACUACUUAGGUAGUACUUUCUAGUAUUUGUACUUAAGUACUUUACACCACUGCUAGGAAGUCAUUUAUACAGCCAUCCACCUACCAAAUUGAAAAUACGAUGGGUUGAUUAGGUGCAUGCACGGGUGACCAUGUUUUAUCACACAACCAAGAUACAUGUGUGAGGCAUGGGUUGAUGUUGCGUGAGGAAAUACUCAUUCCAGGAUACGCCAAUCAUGUUAAGCUGACUUUUACUGUUUCUCCUCUCCAGAGCAGAUUGUCCAGAAUCUUAGGCAAGAAUACAGCCGUUAUCAGAGGAGGCGGCAGCUUGAGGGGGCUUUCAACCAGAGCCAGUCCCACAGUCAACGUGAUGGCCCAGGCCAAAGCCCUGGUUUCAUGGCACCAAGCGCCCAACCAGGUGUGUUUUCAUGCAGUUAUCUCCCACCAAGCUGAAGGAGAUGCUGUCAGCAUCUGAUGGGAAAUAAACUUACUGUAAGGAUGAAUAACACACUCACUGUGUGCUGUGUCUCGUUUUUUGGUGUGGGGAAUAAAAGCCACAGAGUUAAAUUCUUAAAAGAUGCCUCACGAUUACCUGCCUCUGCAUGUGUUGUUUAUUCUAGACGUUUCAACAUCCUGACCUAGUAAGGUGGUUAUUUUUAACCAUCCAAGUGGCGCCCUAUUCCCUAUGUAGUGCUCAAAGGUAGUCCACAAUAAAGGGAAUAGGGUACCAUUUUGGGACUCAGCCCAGAUUUUGCACGGUGCCGUUGUCAGGCCAAAGCUCAUUCCUCGUCAUGUUCUGGUUUCUCCAGGGUCUUCUAUGAAGAGGGACCAGCCCUGCUUCACACUGCACCAGGUUGGCUCUCUGUGUGAACGGAUCCUCAAGGACCAUGACGAGAACAUCCGUGAAGAGUACGAGCAAAUCCUCAACACUAAACUGGCAGGUAUACUGACUGACUGACUUCCUCUUUACAGAUAUGAGCCCGUAUUCAUAAAGCAUCUCAGUAGGAGUGCUGAUCUAGGAUCAGUUUUUGCCUUUUAGACAUUCAUUAAUCAGAUUACAUAGCGGGGGGGGGGGGGGCUGAUGCUAGAUCGGUGCUCCUACUCUUAAAGGCUUUAGGAAUACGGGCCUAGAUUGACAUCUAAUGGUCAGACAGCUCAGUUUAAUACUUUUUAAUUCCAAAGAUAAUUUGAUGUUUUUGGUUCCUUCCCAGAACAAUAUGAAUCGUUCGUGAAGUUCACACAUGACCAGAUCAUCCGACAAUAUGGCACCAGACCCUCUAGC